AUGAAUGCUGCAUCGAAGAAGCUCCAUCAUCAGCAGCAAAAGAACUUGAGUUCUGUUCUAAAUUCUGUUACUGAGGGUGAUGCUGGCUUAAACUUACCGGAGAAAGAGCCCAUUGAGAAGUUCUCGUUGAUUUCAGGAUCUGUUGACACCGAUCAUUCUACCAUCGGCAUAAUGAGCUUAACUUCCGAUCAAACUCUGUGGUCCCUAACAAAUCGGCGAUUGAAAAUCCAGAAAAAUAUGUUUCAGAGCUACAUUGGGUCUUUGAAUCAAUUCACUUCACCAACGUCUGUAAUUGCAAUCUCAUUACAAAUAACUCUGUUGUCAUGCACAUCACCUGCUCUGUCAUCCAUAUCAACUCCUGAAACGACUCCAUUUUCAUCCUCCCCAAUAACUGCUGAAGCUUCUGUGUUCCAUGUUGAUUCAGUAAUUCAUGAUGAAGCCACAACAGAAGAUUCUGAUCCAGUCAAACUAGAAUCAUUGGUAAAGCAUGUGAAGGAAUCCAUGUUUCUGGUUUUGCAUUCUGUUGAUAUUGGUCCACAGUACAAGAAGCUUUUGGACGCUUUGGUUAAGAUGGUGAUUGAAGAGUUGUUUAGCUUGCAUGAAGAAAGGAACACCGUUCACCUGUUUUCAAGCAGAAUAAAGAUUGUUAUGCUGUGUAUUCUCGCUAUUUCUUCCGGAUUCUUCCUCUUUUCAGAUGUUUGGAGCUCUUAUGAAGACCCUCCACCAACCUAA